AACUACUGCUCAUUCAUAACAUGCGCUAUUGAUUGAAGACAGUUUAUAGUCGAAGAGGCUUAAAUCCGAAGAGCACAUCGGCUUAUAGCUAGUCUAUGACGUCGAAAGUACCAUCAUUCUUGCAACUUGAUGAAUAUUAAUCAAGGGUCCAGCAAGCAACCUAUCUGAAGUUAUCUCCUCAGCUAGGAGCUCUAUAUGUCCAUCUCCAGGAUUCCUCACUCAUCACCCCGCACGGGAAAUACAUCGACAUACUCACCACACAUAAACGGCUAGAAGACACAGAACGAGCUCGUUCGAGAUGGCAAAAUCUACCGACUCCUUACCUUCGGAGAUGCGCGCGCUCCAAGUCGUAGAGUUCAACGCGCCGUAUGAACUGCGCACGAUCCCGGUCCCCAAACCGGGCCCGCACGAUCUACUUGUCAAGGUCGCGGUGGCGAGCUAUUGCCACACGGAUAGUAUGGUCAGAGCAGGAGUGUUCAAGUCCGCGCUUCCACAGACGGCGUCUCACGAGGGCUCAGGGACCGUCGUUGCCGUGGGCGAUCAAGUUUCGUCGUUUGCGAUAGGGGAUCGCGUUAUGUGUGGUAUACCGCUUCAUCCUUGCGGUGAAUGCGAGGACUGCACGGGUCCCGUGGAGAGCCACCGGCAGUAUUGCGCGCAGAUCGGAGGUCAUAUCGGCGUUACGACGCAGGGCUGCGCUGCAGAUUUCGUCAUCGCCGAUGCGCGGAGCACGACGAAGUUGCCCGACUCUGUCACGUUCAUGUCCGCGGCUCCAUUGGCAUGUGCUGGGCGGACGAUAUAUCGCGCUGUUCUGCAGACGGAGUUGAAAUCGGGCCAAUGGGUGGCCAUUCUUGGUUCGGGCGGCGGCCUAGGACAUCUCGGAAUCCAAUUUGCGCGCGCCAGGGGGCUUCAGAUCAUAGGGAUUGACGCGCGGGACGAGGGUCUGCAACUCUCGAAGGAGUACGGCGCCGACGUCGUCGUGGAUGCUCGGGGUGAGAAGGCGGAUGUAGUGAAGAGAGUGCGGGAUAUCACGGGUGGGAAAGGGGUUGAUUCUGCCAUUGUGUUGGCGGAUCAUUCCGAGGCGCUCGCUGCUGCUGUCACGAAAAUGCAUGGCCUCGUCAUGCAAGUUGCCCAGCCAGAAAACCUCAGUAUACCUUUUGCGGAACUCAUCUUUCGCGACAUCAGGUUCAAGGGAACUCUAGUUGCUUCACCCAAGGAGAGCGAAGAGAUGGUGCGGUGCGUCGCCGGGCACGGCGUCAAAGUCCACACGAAUCCUUUCCAGGGCUUGGAGAGCAUCGAGGAACUGCUUGGCGUAGUGAAGAGUGGCAAGCUCCGCGGCAAAGCGGUCAUCGUGGUUGAUCCAGAGCAGAUUGAGGCUGAGAAGAGGAUCGGGGCUGAGUUCUAAGCCAUUAGGUAAGGCCGCGGAUGAAGAUGGUGGUGAUUGUGGGGAAGCGCGCGCAUGAAUGGCUUCCUGUUAGGAUGUUAGUGCGCUUGCGCUAGAUCGUCUGAACUACUUACCAUAAUACUUAAUUAAGUAUUACUUCCUAUGCACCUAUGUGGGUAUACUGGGCUGAGUUUUGAAGUUUCUAUUUUAUUGACUUGAAACUCGAGGGUUCAUGCAAUGGAUACCUUUGUCAUCCUAUGUAGAUCUCUGCUCAGGGGCGGAUUACCAGUAGUCGAAAUUACAAGUAUGUAGCUGUUAAUAAUUCCAUCGUCGCUGACCAGGCGAAAAGGAAUUCACGAUAUUGGAAACAAGACCUGUUCUUUCGCGCCAUAGUUCUUAAAUCUCCUUAUGAUAUGUACUUGAAUCAAUGAUGUAUAUGACUAUGACUGAUAAUCCUUCAAGCCUCAGUAUCA